GUGUGGGAGAGAGAGGGGUAGCGGUGGGUGCUAGUGGAGUGCUCUGGGCUGUGCGUUGCGGGGGGUGCCGGAGACUGGUGGCGGCGGAGCUGCGGGGCCGGUUUCUAAAGUAACGCGUGUGUGUCUGUGCUUGUGGGCGAACGAAACGGACAGAAGUCGUGGGACUUCUCCCUUGGAGCUUCUGUGCCGAGAAUCCGAUGUUGGGCUUGGCUCCCUGGCUGAAUACAGCGGAUCAGCCCAUGAACACUUCUGUCCCGAGCCAAAGGAAGGAGUCCAGCAAAAGGCAGCACCUCCGCUUUCAGGCUUGGAAGCAAGAAAGGGGGCAAGACUUGGAGAGUGGGGAAUCGGAGAAGACAACUGAAAGGUGACAUUUAAGUUGAAGAUGGGCGGUGGAGAAAGAUUCAACAUUCCAGUUCCCCAAUCUAGAAAUCCCACCAAGAACCAUCAACAACUUAAAAACAGGCAGAAGAAUAAAGAUCAGAAUUCGCAGAUGAAGACCUACAUGAAGAAAGAAAGAGGACACGGAUGCAACUCAUCAGCUGGUGCAUGGCAGGCCAUGCAGAAAGGGGGGAAGAACAAUGUUCAUUUCCCCAAGAAUCAGAAUUGGAGCCCGACUUUAUCAAAUCACAACCUGUUCUUCACACCUCAGCCCAACCAGAACUACGCCGGAGCGAAAUUCAGCGAGCCACCCUCGCCCAGUGUCCUUCCCAAGCCACCGAGCCACUGGGUACCUGUUUCUUUUAAACCUUCGGAUAAAGAAAUGAUGACAUUUCAGCUUAAAACAUUACUUAAGGUCCAGGCUUGAGAUGUAAUUUUUCAUAGUUGUAAAGUUAUUUAAAUUUACAGGAUUUAAAAUUUGAGAAUUGUUAGUCCUCAUUCUAGGUGUUCAGGUGUACAGAACCAGAUGUUCUUGCUGCAUAUAGUUAGUCACUUGGACAAAAGGGGUGGAAGUUUACAUUCCCCUCACAUUUUACCUCAAGUUGUGUGCUGUGUUCACUGUGAAAUAGGAAUUUUCUCUAUAGUCAAUUUAAUCAAAUCUGCACAGUCACCAUUUAUUGUAUUUAUUGUAAGAGUAAAUGGGACUGUCUCCCCCAAUUGGCAUUGUGACAACUUUUUGGUAUGACAGAAAACCAGCUUUUGCCUAACUUAAUGCAGCAUUAACUGGAAAAAAAAUGCACUGAAAGCUUUAGUCAGGUACUUUGCUGCUUUUCAAACUUGCAUAAAACUUGCUAGUGAAAUAAAACCUCUGCCAAGGCACCAGGACAAACAGAGACCCGUUCUUGUUUGCACUGGUGAGCUUUGUUUGGCAGCCUGGAAUUGGCAGAGAAGCGCUUCAAGCCUGUGACUAAAACCGAGGGAACUCUGGUGCGUGUUGGUGAAGGGACAAGCAGAACACAUCAGCAAACAUGGAAUUGCCUCCCCAGCUGAGCAGAAGAGGAAUCUGCACUGGAACCCCAGCAAAUGAUCCUGCAGUGCCGGGUGACUGCCUGAAACCUAAACUCUGUUGUGUUCCCACUGCACCGAGGGGUUCCGAAAUACCUGCUGGAUCAGUUUUUAAAUCCAAGAACGGUGGUGUAGUUACUUAGACCAGUCUUAAAUGUGUGACCCUGUAACGAGGCAGUUGCAGCAGCUACUGGCAGCAUUUACAUGUGCCAUAGGGAAGACAGAGCCAUGUAAAUACAUGUAAAAGUUUGUAGCAUAUGUAAAUUCCUGCUGGGCUUUCCUGCACAGAAUAUUUUUAGUACAAAACUGCUGAAUGUAAGAUGGCCAUGUGGAGUAUGUGGCCUGAUUUAAAAGAUAUUUUGUUUUACAAAAAAAAAAAAAAAGGAAAAAAAAAAAACCCACCCCAAGCCCUUUGUGUGCCCUUGCACUUGACAUGCAGUGAAAAUGCACGAGCUCAUUUUUAAAGUAAAUCAGUGCAAAAAAGGCUUAUUUAGAUUUUUUUUUUUUUUAAAUAAAACCCAAAAGCUAAUCAAACCUGAACCUCUAAAGAGCUGCUGCAGUUGAGGAUCCUGGUGUUCUGAACGUGUAGCACACCUUAAGGGAUGGAAAACACGAGGUGUCCCACAUCAUGUGGGAUUGCAACAGUUUUCCAUUGUUAAGCCCCACCAAUGCUACACCAGUGCUUUGCACCAGAGGUGCUGGCUGUACCAACCAACCCCACUGCAGCAGCAGAACCCAAACAUGAUUCAAAGUAUAGUUAUUAAUAAAGUGCUUUAAGCUGGCAGGGAGCUUUGUGGAUCAUGAAAUGCGAUUUCUCUGUUCACUCAGAACAGCCUUUACAAAUCUAUUGCUCCACGUAAGAGGGAAUUGGCAGUUGCUAAAUUUGUUUUGAACUCUGUGACCUCCACCAGCAAACAAGCUGUGUCCCAGUUACAAUCAUGUAUCCUCAGCCUCAAAUUGUCAGUUACUAAUGGUGUAUGUACAAAUUGGAAAUAAAUUCAAAUAAAGUAAUAUUUUCACCCCCUAAAA